AUGCAUCGUUCACAGUCAUCUUUUAUGCGGGCAUGCAGUGUCCAAGCUCUCGAAGAUUACGAUACGCCUCGUGCUCCACUUAUCCGGCAAGUUUCACUAGAUGAGGAACGUCGUGAUGAGUGUCAAGGCCAUUGGCGAGGACCAGAACUGCAAGGAGAAGAAGAGGAAAGAGGAGUCAGGUUAUUCAGGGCACUGCUACUGCAGCAUUUGAGGCUUGAGGAGUUAAGGCCGCCGCCUUGUAUUGCGGCACCGGCAAAACCUGAUAAGAGAGGCUGGUGGUUAUAUUGGCGUGAUUGGCGAGCAUUAGAGCGAGCAGCCCGCCGGUUCAGGGAGACGAAAGCACGUGCCAGGCUAGCUGCUCGAGUAGAACAUAUAUCCCUGCUGAGUUUAGAUGAAGUAGAGUUUGAAGAUAUCAUGCAAGAGCUGUGUCAGGCUUGUGUUCACACCGAGCAAAGAGCUCUUGUGGUACUUGCAUUUCUAUGCGAGGUUUGCGCGCGGGCCGUUCGAUUUGGAGGCUGGUGCAGAGCUGUGGAUUGGGCAGCCAAGCAUGUAGCACAGUGCGCUACGCCCUGGGCCAUCCGGCAUGGAGGCUGGAGCACUGUUGUGGAACGCGCAGGUGGAGUACGACGCGAUGAUACAACACUACUUGCCGGAGCAGCACUCGCGGCGUUACUGGCGUUUCUGAUAUUCUGCCGAUCGCGCUUGCGCACUGCACUUAUUUAA